AUGGGACUCAACUUCAUACAGUGCAACCUCAACCAUUGCCGCGUGGCACAAGACCUCGUCGCGCAAUUCAUGGUUGAACAAAGAAUCGACGUCGCCUUGCUCAGCGACCCCUACAACGCGGCUCCCGCAUCCAGCGCCUGGCACGCGAGCGCCGGACAACGGAAGGCGGCCAUCUACGUGGCGAACACGAAAGUAACGGUGGCCAACGUCAUCAGCGACCCCGAGUUCGUCUCAGCUCGGCUUAACGGCGUCCAGGUGUACAGCUGCUACGCGUCGCCCAACAGACCAAUAGAAGAUUUUCAGGACCUGCUCCGCCGUCUCGAAGACAGCAUCAGGGCCGUCCAACAGGAGUUCCCCGUCCUCAUCACCGGGGAUCUCAACGCGAGAUCCGCUGCGUGGGGCGACUGGGUCGACAACAGGAGAGGUGAAGAACUGGAGCUGUUGAUUGAGUCCCUGGGUCUGGUCAUCGCAAACUCGGGCUCGACUCCAACCUUCUCUAGAGGCGCCGGAUCCAUCGUCGACGUCACCCUGUCCUGCGACUCCUUGGCACCUCGCAUCGCAGACUGGAGAGUACUGGAGUCGGUGUUCAACAACAGCGACCACCAUUACAUCAGGUUCACCCUGAAUUCAGGACGCGACCGAGACAGAGCCGCUCCUGCGACAACUGUCGCCCCACGCGCCUGGAACACCGCGGGCGGUGUAGCCAAUGACACCUUCCUCGCCGGACUGAUACAGGCCGAGUGGCUCGAGCAAGACGGCCUCCAAGACUGGCAAGACGCUGAGCGCGGGGCCUCCGCACUUCGGUCGAGGGUCACAGCCGCCUGCGACUUUGCUUUUCCUGCCCGUCGGACACCCAAUCAGAGGAAGCCUCCCGCCCACUGGUGGAACGCGGAUAUCGAGGCUCUCCGAGCCGACUGCACCAGGGCCAAACGCCAGAUGACGAGGAUGACCGCCCGGGUGUCUAGACUACGACGCCGCCAGACCCACGAGUUCGACGAAGAACGGGCAGAAGCAGAGCUCGCCUUGACCAACGGAGCAUACCGUGAAGCCAAGAAGCAGCUGAAGAUCGCCAUACUCCGUAGCAAGAAGACGUGCUGGAAAGAACUAAUUUCUUCGGUGGAUGCCGAUCCGUUCGGCAAGCCGUACAAACUGGUGAUGCGCAAGCUGAGAGGUCCUAACCUAACCUAA